AACUCCCUUCCAGCCAUGGCUAUCUUCAACUUCCAAAUCCUGCUAUAUUCUUCUCUCUCCACAUCCUUCUGCAUUCUAUUUCCUCGAACAACUUCACUCACCUUCAAAUUGACUAACUUAGCCCUUCAAGAUCAAAAUGCCAACAUAACAACAUUCGGAGAUGCCUAUUUCUCAACCCAAGGCCUCCAACUCACCAGCCUGGAGAACCAGGUCGGUAAAGCAACUUACAUCGAUCGCCUUCACCUUUGGGAUAAUUCCACUUCCACUCGAAACUUAACAAAUUUCUCUACCCAUUUCGUUUUUGUGAUUGAUUCGGAAGAGCGUCACACUAUCGCCGAUGGUUUCGCCUUCUUUCUUGCUCCAAAUGGGUCACAUUCGGAAGGUCGCAGUGGAAUGGGCCUCCCAGUUAAAACAGGUACUGAUUUGAGAGAACCCUCUGGCACUUUUGUUGCUGUGGAGUUUGAUACGUUCUGGAAUCAGGAUACGGACCCGGACACUAUGGGCCAGGAUCCUCAUGUAGGUAUCGAUGUCAAUUCUGUUGUAUCAAAGGUUACUGCCGUUUGGUACCCUAACAUACCUGCUGGGAUCAAGAAUGAGGCUUGGAUUAGGUAUGAUUCAAAUUCAUUCAAUUUAAGCGUGGUUUUUACUAGUUCUACAAAUACUACCAGAGUGCAAGAUACCAUUCAUUUAAUUAUUGAUCUGAGCGAUUACUUACCUGAAUGGGUGACAUUUGGGUUCUCAGCUGCAACAGGGUCGCCAAGGUCUGCGAAAACUAUUGUAAAAUCAUGGGAAUUUAGUACAAGUUUGGAAAUGAACAGGAAUGUUACAGAUCCAGUGAAACCAGGAUCGAAAAAAAUCUCCAUUGGAGUCGUAGUGGGAUUGGUUGUCGGUACGAUUGUUUUAGUUGGUGGGUUUGUUUUGGUUGGAUUUCUCUUUUGGAGGAGAAGUACUAGAGCAAAAGAAGAGGAUGAGUUUGAAGUUGAGAUGUCCAUGGAAAACGAAUUCGAGUUCGGUAGUGGGCCGAAGAAAUUUUCCUACGACCAAUUAUCUCGGGCGACAAAUAACUUUGAGGAGGGACAAAAGCUUGGAGAAGGAGGGUUCGGUGGGGUUUAUCGAGGUUUCUUGAGUGAAUCAAAUUCUUAUAUUGCUGUCAAGAGGAUAUCAAAGGGGUCAAAACAAGGGAUAAAGGAGUACGCAACGGAAGUGAAGAUCAUCAGCCAGUUGAGGCAUAGGAAUUUGGUGCAACUCAUUGGUUGGUGCCAUGAAAAGAAAGAACUACUCCUUGUUUAUGAGUUCAUGGAAAAUGCCAGCUUAGAUUUCCAUCUCUUCCAAGGGAAAAGCCUGUUGACAUGGAGAACAAGGUAUAAAAUCGCCCAAGGUUUGGCCUUAGCAUUGCUCUAUCUACACGAAGAGUGGGAGCAAUGUGUAGUGCAUAGAGAUGUAAAAUCAAGCAAUGUUAUGUUGGACUCGAACUUCAACGCCAAAUUGGGAGAUUUCGGGUUAGCUAGAUUCGUUGACCACGAAAAACAGCCCAAAACAACUCUUUUGGCGGGGACCAUGGGGUACUUGGCACCGGAAUGUGUGGUAACAGGUAAAGCUAGUAAGGAAUCAGAUGUCUACAGCUUUGGUAUCGUGGCGUUGGAAAUAGCUUGCGGAAGAAAACCCCUUGAUUCGAACAUGCCAGAGUCUCAAAUGAGACUAGUGGAAUGGGUUUGGGACCAUUAUGGAGUGGGAAGGUUACUCGAUGCAGUGGACACAAAAUUAGGCUCAGAUUAUGAUGAGCAAGAAACCGAACGAUUGAUGAUUGUUGGUCUUUGGUGUGCUCACCCGGAUCACAAUUUCCGGCCUAAAAUCAGACAGGCAAUUCAUGUGCUUAAUUUUGAAGCCCCACUGCCCACUCUCCCACCAAAACCACCCGUGCUAUCAUUUUUUCCUCUUCCAUUGAACACUACCCCCAAUAGUCCUAGCACCAGCCAAAACCAUUAUUCAAGCUAUACUUACAACACAGUUUCUUCUAAGUUCACCUCAUCUUCUCCUGCUUCGUCUCCAUCUAUAUCACUUUUGUAUAAAGAAGUAAUUGGCUCAAUUACUUUUAGAUUCUGGAUUGUGGAUCGUAGUUUUUUAGAUUAUAAUGAGUGUCUAAAAUCUUUGUACGUACUAGCAGGUCCAGGAAUCAAUGUCAAAUUCAAUUUUUACUACUGUUUGACACUGGACAUAAAAUCCAGCAACGUGAUGCUGGACUCAAAUUGCAAUGCUAAGUUGGCGGCUUUUUGGUUUUUAGUGGUGGCAGUGGGAAUAGCAUGUGGAUUUCGGCCUUCACUUAAACAAGCAAUUUAUAUUCUUAAUUUUGAAACUUUAUUGCAUGUUCUUCCUGAUAAGGCAAUCAUAUUGUUGGUUUCAUUGCCGCCGUCGUAUGAGCAUCUCCAGACUACAUUGAUGUACGGAAAAGAUACUCUCGGGCUUGAUGAGGUCAUUGCUAAACUCUCAUCCCACGAGUCGAUGCGAAGGAAGGAGAACGAGGGGAUAUCGGAGGAGCGCGCCAUGCAUGGUUGUAUCUUUUCGUAG